AUGGCCCCCAAGAACUACUCCGCCUCCCAGAAGGGAUUCAUCGGCACCGUCUUCGACGAGGCCCGCAACCCCGAGAACGCCACCAUCGUCCGCAGCAUUGCCAUCUUCACCGUCGGCAUUGCUUUCCUCCACAGCAGCCUCGGCGAGAUCCUCCUCCCUCCUAUGUAA